AUGGCGAAUUUUUUUCGAAAACUUUUUCUUUUUAGAGACUCCCAAAUUCCACCCCCAACCCAGAUUAAUAUCGCUGUUACUGUCUCAUCAUCCACACUCCACAAAUACAGUUCUGACGAUGAGUUCCACAUCACCAUUGAGGCAACUCUUCCUCAAACACCGAAUACGCCCGACAAGCCGCUUACUAUCCUUGUAUUUGGCACCCUCCUAGACCCUAGCGGCAUAGCCCUCUAUGAAAACGGCUUUGACUUCGUUAAUGUUGACACAGGCACUCCCGCGAAACGUCCAAGCCUGACCAAACAUUAUAGCUUUGGUGGGCGAUAUUUUGUCACCCUUCAGCCUGUUAUAACUAAUGAGAAUGAGGCCAAAGUUGCAGCGGCUUUUUCUCAGGUCACAUAUUUGGAAGUGGGAUCGAUGUAUCGUGUUGAGCUCGGGAAUAAGUUGAAUCAGAUAUCCUGGUAUCGAUAUGGGUCGAAGGAGCAGGUUCUGGAAGGACAGGAUGCUGGAGCGGGCCUUGUGAAACGGCGGCCUGAGCUAGUGGGGGACAGUGAGAUGCAGCCAAUCCCCCUCGUGAUGCAGGGUUCCGCUAGCUUCACUGUCGAGGAGUAA